AUGAUCCCCCGAACCUUCCACCGCGCACCGCUGCUGUGCUCCUGCUCCUGCUCCUCCGCCUCCGCCUCCGCCUCCUCCUCUCCGGCGCGAUGGACCAGAGCUCAGUACCGUAAGCCCUGGCUGCCGAAGAGCUCGAGCAGCCCAGUGCGCGUCUUCGCCACCUCGCAUUCCUUCAGAGAUCAAUCGAAGAACCCCUCGAUCCCCCCGCCGCACGCCGCCCCGAAGUCGACCAUAGCCCAAGAUGCGAAGUCCAAGGACGGGCCGCCCGCCGCGGCUAAGUCUCUCCUCACACCGAAGCCGGCGAGCGAUCCUCUCGCCGCGAUAGACAAAUCGGCCCAGGAGCAGCGCAAGGCAGACUGGGCUAUCAUCAAAGAGAUGUCCCACUACCUCUGGCCCAAGGGCAGCCCCGGCACAAAGCUUCGCGUCGGCUUGGCGGUGUCGCUCCUCAUCGGAGCCAAGGUCCUGAACGUGCAGGUCCCUUUCUACUUCAAGAGCAUCGUGGACGCCAUGAACAUCGACGUCGCCUCGGUCGGCGGCACAGCAACGACCGUCGCGGGCGCCAUGAUAAUCGCAUACGGCGCGACCAGGAUAGGCGCGACCGUGUUCCAGGAGCUGAGAAACGCCGUCUUCGCCUCUGUCGCGCAGAAGGCGAUCCGAAAAGUUGCUUGCGACGUCUUUGACCACCUGCUGCGUUUGGACCUGAGCUUCCACCUAUCGAAGCAGACUGGCGGCUUGACGAGAGCCAUUGACCGAGGAACCAAGGGCAUCAGCUUCCUGCUGACGAGCAUGGUCUUCCACGUCAUUCCCACGGCCCUGGAGAUCACUAUGGUGUGUGGCAUCUUGACAUAUCAAUACGGAGGGUCGUUCGCAGCUAUUACUGGCAUCACAAUGGCGGCGUACACAGCGUUUACCAUCUGGACGACGGCGUGGAGGACAAAGUUCAGAAGGCAGACCAAUGCCGCCGACAACAAGGCGUCGACGGUGGCGGUGGACUCGCUCAUUAACUACGAGGCCGUCAAGUACUUCAAUAAUGAGAAGUUCGAGAUUGCGCGGUACGACAAGGCCCUGCAGCAAUACGAACGGAGCUCAAUCAAGGUGGCGACCUCUCUCGCCUUUCUCAACAGCGGGCAGAACGUCAUCUUCUCGACAGCGCUAACCGCAAUGAUGUAUCUCGGCGCAAAGGGCAUUGCAGACGGCAAUCUGACGGUUGGUGAUCUCGUCAUGAUCAAUCAACUGGUCUUCCAGCUCUCAGUUCCGCUCAAUUUCUUGGGCUCAGUAUACCGAGAACUCCGCCAAUCCCUCCUUGAUAUGGAGACCCUCUUUAACCUCCAGAAGGUCAAUGUCACGAUCAAAGAGCCACCUAACGCACAGGCUUUGACGUUGACAAAGGGCGGCGAGAUCAAGUUUGACAAUGUCACGUUUGGAUAUCACGCCGAUCGCCCUAUUCUCCGCAAUCUAAACCUAACAAUCCCUGCCGGCAAGAAGGUCGCAAUUGUCGGUCCAUCAGGGUGCGGCAAAUCGACGCUUCUCCGCCUCCUAUUCCGCUACUACGACGCGCAGUCCGGCAGCAUCCUAAUCGACGACCAGGACAUUCGCCAAGUCACCCUCGACUCUCUACGAAAGUCAAUCGGCGUCGUGCCCCAAGACACUCCGCUCUUUAACGACACAGUCGAGCACAAUAUCCGCUACGGCGAUCUCGCCGCCCCCCACAAUCGCGUCAUCGCAGCCGCCAAACGCGCGCGCAUCCACCACAUCAUCGAAGGCUGGAAGGACGGCUACCAGACCAAGGUCGGCGAGCGAGGGCUGAUGAUCUCGGGCGGUGAGAAGCAGCGGCUCGCCGUCAGCCGGCUGCUGCUCAAGGACCCGCCGCUGCUGUUCUUUGACGAGGCGACGAGCGCGCUGGACACGCACACGGAGCAGGCGCUUAUGCAGAACAUCAACAGCAUCCUGCGCGAGAAGGCGCGUACCAGCGUCUUUGUGGCGCACCGCCUGCGCACCAUCUACGACUCGGACCUGAUCAUCGUGCUCAAGGAGGGCAGCGUCGCCGAGAUGGGCACGCAUAAGGAGCUGAUUGAUAGGGGCGGUCUGUACUCGGAGCUUUGGAGUGUGCAAGAAACACUCUUCCAAGACCACGGUACUGCGGAGCGAGAAGUUAUUAUUGAUGAUGUGGAUGAUGGGCAUGUCGAGCAGGUGAAGGACGGCAAGCAGCAUCGGCGAUAG